UCCCGAUCAGUUGGUAAGUAAGAGCGUCCAAAAUGGAUUCGUAUUCAACAUUAUGUGCAUCGGAGAGACGGGACUCGGUAAGUCAACAUUGAUGGACUCGCUGUUCAACACGAACUUUGAAUCGCAGCCAAGUCCUCACACGCUUCCGAGUGUUAAGCUGAAGGCACACACGUACGAGCUGCAAGAGAGCAUGGUUCGACUGAAGCUGACGAUCUGCGAUACGGUUGGUUACGGCGACCAGAUCAAUAAGGACGACUCGUUCAAGGCAGUAGUCGACUAUAUUGAUCAGCAGUUCGAGGCAUUCCUGCAGGAGGAGCUCAAGAUUAAGCGCUCGCUGUCGACGUACCACGACAGCCGUACGCACAUUUGUCUCUAUUUCAUCUGUCCUACCGGACAUGGGCUGAAGUCGCUCGAUUUGGUCUGCAUGAAGAUGCUCGAUUCGAAGGUCAACAUCAUUCCAAUCAUCGCCAAGGCUGACACGAUCUCGAAAACGGAGCUGGCCAAAUUUAAGGCAAAGAUCAAUGAAGAGCUGCGUGUAAACGGUGUCCAAAUCUAUCAGUUUCCGACCGACGACGAAUCGGUGGCGGAAGUGAACACCACGAUGAACUCGCACAUUCCAUUUGCAGUCGUGGGAAGUACGGAUUUUGUGCGAGUCGGCAACAAGACGGUACGGGCACGCCAGUACCCGUGGGGCACCGUGCAGGUGGAGAACGAAGCGCACUGCGACUUCGUGAAAUUGCGUGAGAUGUUGAUCCGCACGAACAUGGAAGACAUGCGUGAGAAGACGCACACGCGCCAUUACGAACUGUAUCGCCAGAAGCGUCUCGAGGAGAUGGGCUUCACUGAUGUGGACAGCGACAAUAAGCCGGUAUCGUUCCAACAGACGUUCGAGGCAAAGCGCAGCAAUCAUCUGGCCGAGCUACAGGCUAAGGAGGAUGAGGUGCGACAGAUGUUUGUAGUUCGCGUAAAGGAGAAAGAAGCUGAGUUGAAGGAGAGCGAAAAGGAGCUCCAUGCCAAAUUCGACAAGCUAAAGAAGGACCAUGCCGAAGAAAAGCGCAAGCUGGAGGAAUCGCGCAAAAAGCUGGAGGAAGAGUUUGUCGAAUUUAAUCGGCGCAAAUCACAGAUGACGGCACACCAUACGCUAACGCUGGGCAAGAGCAAAAAGAAAUGAACUUCCUAAUGAAGGCAUGGAUGCG